GGAGCAAAAAGAAAAGGGAAGAUGAAGACAAUGAAAAUCUCUCUCUCUCUCUCUCUCUCUCUCUCUUCAAGCAUUGCAGAGAGUUUGACAAUGGUGACAUGCCACUGCAGUUGCAGAGCACCCACCAUUUCUCAUCUUCUUCCUUCCCACCCUCCAAGCUCCAAACCCCUGCAUCCCCACCCUCAGACCCUGAACCCACCACCGCCACCACCCUCCUCCGUUUCGCGGGCCAAGAACCCCUCUAGCAGGCGGCUCUUCCUCCUCGCCGCCGCCGCCGCCGCCGCCAGCGGCGCGGCCAGCGCCCUCCAUUGCCGCGCUCUGGAGGGGUUCGACGCCGUGAGCCCCGAAGAACGAGGGGCGAGCGCCGCCAAGUCCCGGAGGAUCGCGGAGGCGGUGGGGCUGCUGGAGAAAGGGCGAGAAUUGCAGGCUCAGGGCGAUUUUGGCAAGGCCCUCUUCUACUUCACUCAGGUGAUCGAAGGUUAUAAAGACUUUGCAUUAUCAGAAUAUGCAAGAGUCGGAAGGGCGUUAGCGUUGUAUGAGGUUGGCGACAGGGAAGAAGCUAUUGCAGAGAUGGAGGAUGUUUCCGUGUCAUUGAAGGGAUAUCCAGAAGUCCAUGCAGCUCUUGCAGCAGCCUUAUACGUGGAUAAGCAUGCCCUCUUGCUUGCUGAAAACCAGUUCACAAUUGCAACCCUACUGGAUCCCCACUACACAGAUCUUUCGUAUGUAAAAGAGACGAAGCACUGGCCUCCAAGUUUAGUCAGUUCAUUACAGCAAUUCAUCACACUUACAUAAAGAUAUAAUUAUCACGUUUCCUACGCAGCUGAUCAGCAAGAACUGAUUUGCAAUGUCAUAUACAUGUUUAUAUCUUAUUCUUUGUGAACCUGUAUGUAAUCCAAUUCACCGAGAGAAAGUUAGGCUGAUCUGUAGAGUUUAUGACUGAGAUGGAUCAUUGUACUCUUCGAUAAGCUUUGCUGCAAAAUGGUGCGUGAAGAUUUUUCUACC